UGUGUUUUCAUUAUAACAUCGGAUAUUCGAAUAAAUAGGUUUAAAAUAGUACUCGAAAGGAAAUCAUGUAAUUUGAAUAUUCAGUAAAGCAGCUAAUAAAGCUAAAAUGAAGUGACCUUGUGUCACAUUCAACACCGGCCGCGAAUGUGUGAACGGAAUUGAAACGUUACUGAAAUAAACAAUUUUUAUUUAAUGCGUCACGAUAACAUAUUUACGCUUUUUUAAAUAUUCUUUUUACAGAUUUAAAUGUUAUUUUGAGUUAAAUAGAGAUGUUUCACGAAGUAUUUUUUUUAAGAAGGUUAUAAAAAGUGGAGCUCUAUAAAUACCGUGUAAAAGAAGCAUUUUAUUUAAUUUAUAACGCUUAACAAAUUAAGACAUAAUAUAUAUUAAUCAGUAUGAUGAUUACGUCUUAAAAUUAUACACUUAAAAAUUGCAUGGUAAUUUUAUUUUAUUUAAUAUUUAUCACAAUGUCGAAAAAGAAAAAAGACGAUGCUUGGGGGGAAAAUGGAUUUGAAGAUUGGGGCGGCUAUAUGGCUGCUAAGCAAGCAAAAUUGGAGGAACAAUUUCGGAACGUUGCAAACAAAGAGUUUAAGCAUGCAUCGAAUCUAUUUAAUGGAAUUGCAAUUUUUGUAAAUGGUUACACAGAUCCAACGGCAGAUGAACUUCGUCGUUUAAUGAUGGAAUAUGGAGGUAUAUACCACCACUAUAUGAGACCAGGAGCUACAACCCAUAUCAUUGCAUCUAAUUUACCUUAUUCUAAGAUAGUAAUGUAUAGAAAAAGUCAACAUCCAAUUCCUAUUUGUAAACCUCAAUGGAUCACAGAUAGUAUAAUGGCUGGUAGGAUUUUAAAUAUUCAAAAUUAUUUACUUUAUUCUAAUUGUACAAACAUGCAACCCCAAUUGAAAUACAAAAUAGAAGCUACAAAAACUAGGACAAAUGUUGAAUUUGAUAUACAUGAUAAGAUGCAAACAGACAACAUGUCAAAAAAUGAUAAUGAUAAGAAAAGUGAAAUAAUAAAAAGUAUUAGUACCAAUCAAGAUAAUACAAAUGUCCCAGUAGUUCUCAAUUCAAGAGAUGUUCUUUCUACAAAAAAUUCAGAAUUCCUAUCUGAAUUUUAUAACCAUUCUCGAUUACAUCACAUCUCAACAAUGGGAGCAACAUUUAAAGAAUAUGUUAAUGAAUUAAGAGAUAAAGGCAAUGGAAAAUUUCCUGGGUUAACUAGAUUGAAAGAAUUACGAGAUAUAAAAUUAACUAGAUCAUUAUCCGACACUCAAUCCAGUUUUAAUAAUGAAAUGCUCUAUUUACAAGAGGAGAAUAAGACAGAAAUUAAUGAAGAAUCUAUUAUAAUGCAUAUUGAUAUGGAUUGCUUUUUUGUUUCGGUGGGUCUUAGAGAUAAGCCAGAAUUAAAAGGUCUACCUGUUGCAGUAACGCAUGCAAAAGGUAAUAAACGCUCUGCAAGUAGUAGUAAGGAAGUUUCAAGCAACAAUGAAAAUGAAAAUGACGAACAUGGUUCAAUGUCGGAAAUAGCAUCUUGUUCCUACGAGGCAAGGAAAGCUGGGGUAAAAAAUGGCAUGUUCUUAGGGGAAGCAUUAAAAAUAUGUCCCAAUUUAAAAACAAUAACAUAUGAUUUUGAAGGCUACAGAGAAGUUUCCUACACAUUGUAUGAUACUGUAGCAUCGUAUACAUUAGAUAUCGAAGCAGUCAGCUGUGAUGAAAUGUAUGCAAACUGUGCAUUAAUACUUCAUGAAUCUUGUUUAACACCAAUCGAGUUUGCAGCUGUAAUCAGGCAAGAAAUAAAAAAAAAAACAGGUUGUCCUGUAUCAACAGGAUUUGGAAACAAUAAAUUAUUAGCAAGGUUGGCAACUAGAAAAGCUAAGCCUGAUGGCCAGUAUUAUAUAAAACCAGAACAUGUUAAAACAUUCAUUGGUACCUUCAACGUACAAGACUUGCCAGGAGUUGGGUGGACAACAACACAAAAAUUAAAUAGUAUUAAUGUGCAUACUUGCGCAGAAUUACAGGCGAUUUCGCUAACAAUGUUACAAAAGACAUUUGGUAAAAAAAUGGGGGAAAUGCUGUAUAAUAUGGGUCGUGGUAUAGACAAUUCAAAACUUAAUUUAGAACAUGUUAGAAAAUCGGUCUCCGCUGAAGUUAAUUAUGGAAUAAGAUUCGAAAGUAAUAAAGAUGCAAUAGACUUCUUGAAAAAGUUGUCCGAAGAAGUAUGCAAUCGAUUGAAGAACAUUAAUGCAAGAGGUAGAUGUAUUACAUUAAAACUUUUAGUUAGGUCUAAAGAAGCGCCAAAAGAAAGUGCAAAAUUUAUGGGUCACGGAUUGUGUGAUUAUAUAACAAAAUCAAAGAAUCUUAUCGCUGCUAUCGACGACGUUGAUAUCAUAACGAAGGAAAUCAUCACGCUUUGGAAUCAAAUACAAAAAGUGCCUGAAGAUGCAAGAGGCAUUGGCAUACAGAUAACCAGACUAGAAAUACUGAAAAAUAAAUCGCGUGAUACACGCUUAACAAGUUUUAUUAAUAAAAAUAAACAAUGUGAUAAAAUAAAUAGAAGCAGUGAAACUCAAUCUUCAGUACAUCCAAAUUCUAUCGCAUUCGUCCAUGAAAGCGUAAUUCUUGAUAAUCAGCAAAAAAUACGUGUUCCGACUAGUGUAGUUCCUUCUGAAUUUUCAGAAAAAAUUCAAACUAAAAUUCUAGAUUUUAAUGAAAACAAGAAUUACAUUACUGUAACAAAUAAUGAAAAACAAUCUAAUAGUAGCGCAUUAGAAGUUAACGAGAAGAAAUCAGAAAAAUGUAUACAAACGCUUCAUGAAAAUUUUUUUAAGCAAACUAAACCUGGUAUUUCAAGAUCAACAAAAGUAGAAAUGCCACCAAUAGAAGACAUCGAUAUGGCCGUUUUAAUAGAACUACCUGAAGAUAUACGAAAUGAAAUACUUAAUGAAUAUAGUGUUAAAAAGAAUCAGAAUAGACUGAAUAUUAACAUAAAUCGAGACGAUAACUGUGCAUCUUCGAUAUGCACAUCAGACAUCACAAAACUUCGUCGCAAUGAAGAACAAAAUAUAUCUUUUUCACAAGUCGAUCCAGAAUUUUUAGCUGCAUUAUCCGAAGAUUUAAGACACGAUGUACAAAUGUACUGUAAGGCUAAAAAAGCAGAACGUUAUCCAAAAAUAAAAGAAGAUGAAACAUUGCGUAACCGUGGAGAGGCAAGAGUUAAAAAUAUUACAAAAGAAAGCAAAAAGAUUGAGCGUAUUUCGAAAACAAAGAAUAAUAGUAAAAAUUCUAAAAUAACAUGUUUCAAACAUAACAGAAAGAAAGGUAUACAGGCUGCGUUCAAAAGUAUAGAAAAUAAAGAUGAGCGUGAAAGUACAUCAGAUAAAAAAAUCAGUAACAGUGUUUCAAAUCCUAUAAUACCUUGUCUGAAAAGGAAUGAAUCUGAUGAAAGUCGAAUUAGCGCAGACGAAACUGCAGCCAUCCUUUCUCAUAAUCGAACUAUAACGGAAGAUAAUGAAAGUGCAAUUGGGCAUCAAGACAUUUUAAUUGAUCUUGUUAAUCGCUUACUUAAUUUACCUCUAGAACAGUUUCAGGUGAAGAUGCAAAUAAAAAUCUGGGUCACUAAUUCUAAAAUUGUGAAUGAGGUCGAUUUCUUAUCACUUGCAACAUUUCUUAGCAUGCUUCCAGUGAAGAAACGCAUCGAAGAUUUACACGUCUUGUUGAAAACCAUGCAUAGAUGUAUGACAAAAACUGGAAAUUGCAUUUGGCAUAGGACAUACAGGAAAACAGUAAAAUACGUUCAACAUUAUAUGCAGAUUGAAUACAACAGCAAUCUAAUGGUACCAUCAAUCAAAUGCAACCUUUUGCAGUGUAACAAUGAUGUAAUGUAAAUUUUUCGGAAUUUAAUAAAUUAAUAUUUUUACAAUGAUUAAUAAGAAACCUAUUUACAAGCAAACAUGAUACUUACCUUCAAUUUUAUUGAACACAGUAUCAGUAUUUUUUUUAGAUAACAUAUUAAUUUACAAUCAAGAACAUAUGUUUUUGAAAGAAUUUUGCUCAAAGGUUUCAUAUAAAUCGGUAAGAAGUCAUAAACCUCGAAUUCGUACGUAUUUUUGUAAUAUAUAUAUAUAUAUAUGUAUAUAUAUAUUUUUUUUUAAAUAUACUUUUUAC